AGAUCUCCAGUGAACCUACAAGCACUGCUAUCACGACUGCAUACGGCUCCAGCACACGGCCUUUUGCAGCCGGGGGUACAGUAAUAGUGUGGGCCUCAAUCUAGCAAGGAACAGAUAGAGCGUACAGAACCGGAGACUGCAGCAAUAUUACGGAGAGAUUGCGCAAGCAGUACGUGGGAGAUCACGGUCAGAACUUCAAGUUCUCCUGUCCUGCUGCGAGAGCUCGCUUGGGAACAAGAGUCGAUAGCAUCAUGGGGAACAAGGAAUCGUCGCAUUCUUCCACGUUCUCAAGGGGCCAGGGUGCCACAUCAGACUUCCGGGAUGCCUUGACGAGCUUGCCAGGCAGCGCUCCCAAGAACAAGACCGGGAGGAAAGUGACGGCCCAAAAGAUGAAGACGGCGGGAGCCACGGGCGUGCUGGCACUGCAAGAGCAUGGCCUUAAGGAAAUACCAGAGGGGCUGUUCACGCUGGUCAAGCUCAGGACGUUGAACAUGGCGUCCAACUCCCUCAAGCUCCUACCUGCGGCGGUGAGCACCCUCACCAAGCUCAAGAUCUUGCGACUCGAUUCCAACAAGCUCGAGGCUAUCCCAGACCUCAGCGCGCUUUCUUCACUGACGGACGUCUCCGCGGGAUCAAACCAGCUCGCCGGGGCAGGAGCUUUGGGGGCGCUGCCGGCGUGCCUGAAGAAGCUUGUGCUGCGGGAUAACCGCCUGGGGGAGGUGCCAGCAGCCGUGCUGGACGGGCUUCCGGCACUUCAGGUGCUGGACCUAUCAGCCAAUGGGAUCGAAGGUCUCCCGCCCUUCGGAGCCACGCUUCCGGCCCUGGAGGAGCUCAUUCUUGACGAGAACUCAUUGCGGGCGUUGGGAGACGAGCUGGUGGGGCUGUCAAAGCUGAAGAAGCUCUCGGUUAGAUCGAACCGCAUCGCGGCCGUGGACCCGUUCAGCGGGCAACAGUCCAUAUCUCGAGGUCUGUUCGCCGACUCUGCCGUGGAGUCCCUGGAGCUCGCGGGCAACGCCCUCGACAAGACGGACCUGAUGCGAAUGGAAGGGGUGGACGACUUCCUGGCCCGCAGAGAGAAGAACAAGAACAAGAACUUGCAGGGGGGAGGGAUGCUGACACUUUCCGUCUGCGGCCUGGACUAGCGGCGCUUCGUUUUUCAUUGUUUGGCCUGCGUGGCAUCCCCUACCGCCGCCAUGACCUGCGGCGGCGAAAAAACAUUAGUUGCUCUGGUCGGAGGUUUUGUCUGAUUUCUGUU